AUGGAAAGAAAUUACCAAGAAAAGAUCUUAGAAAUUUCCAAGUAUUAUCAAUGUUGGAAUUUUCCAGCAAAUAUUUUUGACAUGGCCUCGUUUGCACCAUUGUUACCAGUCGCUGUUUUCGCUGUUGCUGAUCUAAUGAAUACUAUGCUUCGAAACUCAAAUCAGCACCAAAGAGAAAAUGCAAUGCUACAUGAAGAGUUACGUUUUUAUUAUGAUCGGCAAAACGACCUGAUGCUUAGAUUUAUGGAACUGAUGACACAGGCCAGGCGUCUUCACAUUAAAUCGUUUGAAGAUCUAGCCGAACGAGAUACAAAAAUGAGAGAUACUUUAGUUCAGCUGGCGCUAGAAACUAAACCAAUCGAAAUGAAUGGUACUAAUAUCGCUGUUUUUGGCAUAACAUCAACUGGUAAAUCAACUUUACUCAAUAGUCUUCUAGGAAAAAAAGUUGCUGAAACAGGUCCUAAUGAGACAACAACAAAAAUCACUCCUUAUCCAGGUACAUCGUAUACACUGUGGGAUGUUCCUGGACGGAAUGAUGAAACAGUGUAUAUUAGUANAAGCUCAUGGAUAGAAGUGGCGCACAAAAGACAAGGAUAA